CGCCGCUCGCCGCGCGCUCGGCGGUUUCCGUGAGCGCUCGGCGGUUUCCGUGCGGGCCGCGGCGCGCUCGGCGCUUGCUCCCUGGCUGGCGCUCCUCAGUCGGCCGCUGCCUGCCUGUCGCCGGGCUGGGAGCGCCUGUGUGUGUGUGAGUGACGCGGCGGAGGUGUAGUUUGACGCGGUGUGUUACGUGGGGGAGAGAAUAAAACUGCGGCGAGAUCCCAGGCGCGAACGAAAGCAGUGACGGAGCAGCCCGCAACCGGCCCUCUCGAAAGCAGAAAUGCUCAACUGGUGGUUUUGCUCCUGCUCUGGAGAGCUGUGGUGCCGCUGGGUAGAGAGAGGCCAGAGUAACUGGGCAGCACAGAGCGGUACACAAGAUUGGUAUUGUGGCUGUGGAGGUAACUAAAUGACCAUGGAAUCUGGAGCAGAGAACCAGCAGAGUGGAGAUGCAGCCGUUACAGAGGCAGAAACCCAACAGAUGACAGUACAGGCACAACCACAGAUUGCAACGUUAGCCCAGGUAUCUAUGCCAGCAGCUCACGCAACGUCUUCUGCACCCACGGUGACCUUAGUUCAGCUGCCCAAUGGGCAGACAGUUCAAGUGCACGGCGUAAUUCAGGCUGCCCAGCCAUCAGUUAUUCAGUCUCCACAGGUCCAGACAGUUCAGAUCUCAACUAUAGCAGAAAGUGAAGACUCACAGGAAUCAGUGGACAGUGUCACAGACUCACAGAAACGGAGAGAAAUUCUUUCCAGACGACCCUCCUACAGAAAAAUUUUGAAUGACUUGUCCUCAGACGCCCCAGGAGUGCCAAGGAUUGAAGAGGAAAAGUCUGAAGAGGAAACAGCUGCACCUGCCAUCGCCACUGUUACGGUGCCAACUCCCAUUUACCAAACCAGCAGUGGGCAGUACAUUGCUAUUACGCAAGGAGGAGCAAUUCAGUUGUCUAACAAUGGCACAGAUGGAGUACAAGGUCUCCAGACAUUGACAAUGACCAAUGCAGCUGCAACACAACCUGGCACUACCAUUUUACAAUAUGCACAGACCACAGAUGGACAACAGAUACUUGUACCCAGCAACCAAGUUGUUGUACAAGCUGCCUCAGGAGACGUGCAGACCUACCAGAUUCGCACCGCCCCUACCAGCACCAUUGCACCUGGAGUAGUCAUGGCAUCAUCUCCAGCACUUCCAACCCAGCCAGCAGAAGAGGCCGCACGGAAGAGAGAAGUGCGUCUAAUGAAGAACAGGCACGUACAUUUAGAUCAUUAUAGAUCAUAUAGAUAUGUAUAGAUAUAUAUAUCAUAUAGAUAUGUAUCACCAUAGAUACAUUUAGAUCACUUUUUUAUCCCAAAUAGCUCUGCACAGAAAUAGAGUGUUAAGCACUGAGAAUCCUGAUCUUUCUUAAGUCAUUAAGGGUGCGAAGCAAAGAAACACACCUGCUUAUGCCAUGCAUUGACUGUGAAACCUUAAGUAAGGGUGUCACCGUAAGUAAGAAGUUGUCACCCAAGAAGGCACCUUAGAAGCUCUCCUCUGAGAGGCACAACUCUUUCCUAAUCCAGUAGAAGUUGGUAUUUGGUGACACAAGUAGUAGCCCAAAAUGACACAAAAUUCCACAUGUUGCAUAUGGCCCACUGAAGUGCUGCAAGCAUAUAAAGCUGUAUUUGUAGGAGUGAACAGUGGAUACUUGAGUCCUUUCAGGGAUUACAAAUCAGAUUUUCUUCUUUCUGUCUCAUUUACAAAGCAGAAUAUCAGCAGUUGCUUUUCGUGUUGACUUACCAGAUAGAUCCUGGAACAGAUGCUCUUUUUUUUAUUUCGUACAAGUUAUUACUUACGUAGUGAGAAGAAGAGCUAUCUUCAAACUUAUCAUCUUCUAAUUUCCCAGAACACUGGCAUUAUCACCAUUUUAUGCAGUAUUUGCAUAAUAGGACACUCACUCACUCACCUUCUGAAGCUGUUCUGCAUUGCACUUAUCAAUUCAGGUCAAACAAAUGUAUGUUACAUGUUUCUGCAGCAUACUGCAUUGACAAGCCAUGUUGCAGGAGAACCUCCUGCAAGCAUGUCCACCUGCAGCAUCUAUCUUUGUGCUCACUUUGCAAGUCAGUACCAUUACUGUUGCUCUGCAGGACACCUUCUGCCUUGGUGUUUCUGCCUUCAGGAUGCUCAGCUGCACAUUAGCUCCUUUGAGGUAUUUUUCAGUGGUAUCCUUAAUAUAUUGCCAUCUGAGUUACUUGCAGGCAGCUCAGUCUUUACAGGAGAGUUUGAUUGUCUCAAGACCUGCUUCAGCAGAUUUACAAUGCCGUGUUCUCUACACAGCAGAUGAAGGCUAAAGAACUGUUGCUAGUGACUGUGUCGUUUUUUCUUAUUUGAGUGGUAUACAUUAUCACUGCAGUGAUGCAGACAUUACUAAGAAAAUGAAAGUGUUGCUCAAGGGCAAAUAUAUGAAUGCUCUAAGUGCAGCAUUUUUUGCACUGCUUGAACUUCCUGACUAUUAGUAUGUGGUUGGACUGCAGUAAAAGGUAGAGUUGUGACUAUAAGAAGAUCAGUAGAUGAACACCACUUGUAUCCAUGUUUUUAUUAUUCAUCUAUUUAUUAUAAUAAAAGCAAUCUAAUUAUUACCAGCAUUCCACUCAGACUAAUAGCUCCAAGUUAAAUCCUGCAAACAGAAAUUUAUGUUUGAGUAGGCUCCUCUUCUCACAGCAGCAGAUUUCUAUUGGUGCUGGCAAAUUGGGAUCUGGAUAUUGAAAUGAACCUUAGAUGUUGAUAAAUUGUUAUGAGCUCAGCCUUUUCUCCUAAUCUGUGAGUGUUAGAGUACCUGCAUAUUCUAAAAAUGGCAGUACCACAUAGGGUUUGACCCAAACAAUCAAGUAGUCGUACUUCCAGUCUGCAAGUAAUUGUUCUGGAUUUGAAUGUCCUCUUUUGCUUUGCAGAGAGGCAGCACGUGAAUGUCGCAGGAAGAAAAAGGAGUAUGUGAAAUGUCUAGAAAAUCGAGUGGCUGUGCUUGAAAACCAAAACAAGACACUGAUUGAGGAGUUGAAAGCACUUAAAGACCUUUACUGCCACAAAUCAGAUUAAUUUUGGAUUCCCAUUUUCACUUGUCCAGGUGGGAUGAGAGACUGGUUCUGGCUAUACCCAGAAAGACAAAGUAAACUUUUUAUUUUCUAAACAUUUCUUUUUUUCUAUGCGCAAAACUGCCUGAAGCAACUACAGAAUAUACUUCGUCUGUGCUUUGCAUCAAACUGUGAAUGUUCAAAUAUUUGCCUCCACUUCUCCCCCUACAAGAUUAUUUUCAUCGUCAAAUAAUCUCAGCGUGAAGAAGAACAGGCUUCUUUCUCAUCUCCCAUCCUCUUCAAGGAGUUAAAAUGGUCACUUGGGAAGUAAAUGCGGGGGAGGGUCCUUUUGUAAUGAUGUCAAGAAUUUGUGCUGAGCUCUUUCCAUUGCCUUAGAGACAGAACUACCCCAGCCUCUUGGCCCAGAGAGCUGUGGGCCACAUAUGUGAAGCACACAUGGUGCAAUGAAGAAGCAGUGGUUGCCAAAGUGGUUUCUCAUGCUUAUUUUAAGCUAUAAAAAUACGUGUCUAGGUGGCAUGCCAAAUGAAAGGCACUUCACAGUCACAUUCUGUGUGUGGAGCUAAAAUACCUUUUCAAACUAGCCCAGGAGGAGUUGUUAUAUGUAAUCUACAUCACUAGUCCCUCCUGAACUAGUGAAAACUCCAUGCCUCAGACACAAAUGGAUCGAAAUAAGCUUCACUGUUCAGUUGUUGCUUCUUGAAGCAUAGUGUGUGCAAAUGUGUGCAGCAUUCCGAAUGCACAAAAAAAACCCAUUGACUUCAUAUGUUACUGGUUGGCAAACAAGAUUUGAAUGGGAAAGGAAUCAGAAUGAAAAAGGUACAGCAGUGAUGCUUAGUAAACAGUCAGAUAAUAAGGCUAACACAUGAAAGCACUGCCUAUUUAUAUGCAGAACAACUAAGCAGUUGAAGCGUGGCCAACUCCACAUACAUACUCCCUGAUGACAGUAUGGUUUGUCUGAUGUCCUCUUAAGCAAUCAUGUAUUUCUAUUUCCCUACCACUAUCAUAUGUAAAGGAAAUUAUUGAACUUGAUAGAAGCAUUUGUCCUGGUUUACUAGAUUAUUUUUCAAAUUUGGAGGAUGUUUUCCAUGCAUAAAUUAAAUUGCAGUAUGGUAACUGCCAGGACAACCUCAAAUAUUGAAGGGGACCUCAGACACAAAUAUUCCAACCGGCUUCUGCUUCUCAAGAGACAAUAUUAAUUAUUUGAACUUGCCCAGGCUAAAUAGAUUCUUAAUUUAUUGAGAGGAUUUUUUUCAUGCAGAGGGUCAGAUUUAUCAAGUUGUCAAUGUAAGUAGAACUACUUACCUGCCUCAGAUUUUUGCAAGAUCAGACUUCUUGUGUGUACUAAGGAAACGUUUCUGGAUUUACAUUGUUAAAAAAGUAGAUAAUGUUAAAAAUAAUACUGUAAUCAGCAUUAGGACUUCCAUUAUGUGUCAAAAAGAAUCACGCUCUGUUUGUUUCCUGGCCCCCUGCAGCCAGGCUCUUCAUAUUAACUUGAGUGAUUUGAUGGAGUAACUUUGGGCUUUUGGACCAACUUGUACGUUUAGAGACGUAUGAAUAAGACUCCGGUCUGUACCAACACCUUGCCUAGCAAAGUGUUAGCUCAUAUUUUUUUCCCAUUCUCUCUAUCUGUUCUUAAGAUAAAUUUCAAAGAUGAAUUUCUAAGAGGUUAUACAAUCAGUGUGACGUUGCAAGAACAUUUGCAAGACUCUUGGCAGUUGAGUCUCAAACAACUAAGCAGUAUUAAAAGUUGUAGUUUUCUCAUUUGAGAGGGCAUUCAGUUUCCAAGAGACUUUUAAAGGAGCAGGGUUAAACUUGUAGCAUUAUUUUUUUCUAGAGUUAUCAAUAAUUUCAGAUUGUAUUUCAAAUAAGAGAUCAUGAGUAUUGGAAUUAUGAAAGAAUUCAUUUUCAAAAUAAGUUUUGAGGGGGUUUAUAAAUGGUCUAUUUUUGUCUGCCAUAGAAAACUGAUUUUCAUGUUUUUAUUUAACAGAAUAUGAAUUUAUUAGUUUAGCAAUGGAAAUUUAAAGAAGACCCUAAAUUCUCAGCCUCGCCUACCUAAAAAUUGUCUGAUUCUUAAAGACAGCAAACACACGCAUUUUUGACGGUUUCCAGUUGUUCAGAACUAACACUAGAAAUGUUGAUGAUGCAGGCGUAGUUCUCAUCAAAUAUGUAAGCUUAUGAUGGCUUAAUUGACAGAGUUACACGGAAUGGUUCCCCCGGCUUUGAGAAUUGUGUAAAAGGCCCUGAGUGCCUGCAUUAAGGCUGUUUGUUUUGCAGAACCACCUGUGUGCAAAAGCUUGAGGUUCUGUACUGCACCUCUGUGAGACUAGCUGGGAGCUGGGGGACGCUCCUAGCCAUGGCCGUGGGCAGUCCCAGCACAGAGCCUGGCAGUGCAUGGACCAGGAGCCUACAGCUGGACCUGGACCUGUUUCUUCUGUUACAUGGCUGAACCAAAUCUAUGUGGCAGUGAGAGGAGAACUGCAUUACCUGUCUGUCUGUGUGUGGUCUGUGAGUAGUCUAUCGUGUCAUUACUGUAGACUGCAGUAGCAACAAACAUUUCACUGAGAAAAAGAAUGUUAUUUUAAAGUACAUAGGCAUCUCCAAGAAUCUUUAUUUUUAUUUAUGCUGCACUGAGGAUUCAAGGACUUGAAUUUCUUAAACAGAAAUUUUUAAUGACGAUGAUAAAAAAUGUAUUAGGCAGAGUACAGGUCUGACUAGGGUUACCCAUACAUGCUUUACUAUUCAUAGUGACCCAAAAGGGGAAGGAAUACGAUUCAGACAUUUGCUGAUGUGUUACCAAGCAGUGAGAUUGGGGUAAUCAGCUUCUAUAAACUAAGGCCAUUUGGAAACAGGACAGCAGUAGUGCUGGCGGGGGGGAAGGUUAGUUUUAUAUCUCACGAUCGUGAGUUUUCUCGAACCGAUAGCCUGUUUUACCUGAGGAGAGGGUUAGAAAGGGCUAGAUCCAUUACGUUCAUAAUAAACGAGGAUUGAUUUGAAAUAUAAUUUUUGUAAUGUCAUUAUUUUGCAAAACUACAGCACCAGUCAGGCAGUUAAGAUAUUGUCAGAGGUGCUCUUUUAAUUUAGAUAUUCUUGGAAAAUACAUAUGUAUAAUAUAUGUACAUAUAUAUAUAUACACACAGUAUAUAAUCUACAGCUCUGAGAGCUUUUAAGUCAGGAAUGCUGAGUAUUAUAGUAUAUGGAGGUCAGAAAAAAUUUUUACUUCUGUGUGCGUCUGGGUGUGUGCGUGUGUGUGCGUGUGUGUGAAAGCCUCCCCCUGCCCAGUCCUUCUGGGCUGCAUUAUUUAGCGCUUAUUACUGAUUUGUUUUGUGCUGUUUCUCAGUUAUCCAUUUUUGAGAAUUGUAUUUCAUUUUUCAUGGCUUUUGUGAGUUGGUUUGUUUUUAUCUUUUUUUUUUUUUUGACAGAGAUUUUUGAAAUGAUGUAAACAGUUGUUUUACAACAGCCACCACCCCCCAGAAUAACUCACUUUUGUGCUUUUUCUCUUUGGCAGCUAUAUAUCAAAGGCAAAACAAUUGGAAUGGUUGUUGAGGUGUUGCUUUUUAAAGGAACCACUGGUAAGACUUCUGUUUUCCUCCUAGAGUAGCAGCAGUGCAUUUGUAUGUAAGCAGCGAUUUCACCAGAAGCAGGUAGUUGCUUGUAUCUGAAAGCACAAUUGUAGCCUGUCACGCUGUCAGGACUGUACAGACUCCUGUAGGUUCUGGCUCUUCUGUAGGUCGUGUUUGUGUCGCAGACCACUAUCUUCUCUGGUACUUUACAUUGAUCAGAAAAUCGGAGGGGCGUUUGGAAUCAUUAAGAGGCUCAGGAAAAAAAAAGUUAGAUUUAAUAAGGAAAACAGCCCUGAUAGUUUCUGAUCAAAAUUUGUACUACAGUCUUGUUUUGUUUUUUAAAUCUGGGCUUCCAGUAGACAGCAGCUGCAAGUAGUCAUCUGAGCAAAGACUAGCCUCUGCCUUUUUAUCGUGUUAGACAGAGAGCCAGUGCUUUCUGUGGGCUAAAGACUGGUCUCUGCAUCACAGCAAGUUCAUUAUCAGUGGUUGCAAAUGCAUGACAAUUCAUAGGGGAUGUCAUUGGUUUUCUAAGACCCUGUUUUUAUUGUCAUUUUUUACCCUGAAGAUGGUUAGUGAUGUCACAUUUGCCAAUGAUCUAACCAAAAGGUCAUGUAUUUAUUUUUGUUACACGAUAUCCUUUGUAAAUGUUUAAUUAAAAUGUGCACUUUUUAAAUAAAAAUAAUAAUAAUAAUAAAAAAGCAUAGAAAAAAAAAAAAGAAAAAUUGGGUUUGCUUAAGAAGCUCCCGGGCACAAUUGCUGCGAUCCCGCUGCCUGCACACAAUUCACUCCUCUCCCCACAGCAGUUGGCUCUUUCUCCAGUGUAACUUGCUGAUCAGCACCUGGCUUCCAGCAGGCACUGCUUCAGACUGGCAGGAGAUGUGAGUGGGUGGUACUGAAGAUGGCAAAGAAUUAAGUAUGUGGUGUCUCAGAGCAGUAGGUACAGGAUGGAUGUGGCAUUAUUUUUAGACAGAACAGGUUCAGUGAUCCCAGGUGAGAAAGGGAGAUAACUCAGAAAGAAAGCCCAGCUCUUUCUCAGCCUCUUUAUUCCCCUUAAUUUGAGAUUUAGCUGCGCAUUUUAAAAGCUGCAUUCCAAGAAAAUAAAUCAAAACGCUUUAUAAAUUUUUGACACUGGGAAUUAAAGGUAUGCUGACAGUGUGUCACUUUGCUUUAAAAGAAAAAAAAGCACAACUAACUUAUUUGUGCAGAAAUGAUAAGUUAGCUAUAAUCCUGAAAUCUGUCACGGUAAGCAGGUUUUAAAAGCAUACAGUACUUUCAUGGUUCUCAUGUACUGUGCCUGGGAACUCAUUUCCCUGAGCUUUUGUAUUUGCUGGCUGGAUAAGACUGAUUUUGCAGAAACCUGAAUGUAUCGUGAAGCUCAGCUGAAGUUCUUUCUGCUGUGUGCUGGUGGCAGGUUCGGGAUUGUGGAUAGACAUGGCUUAAAUCUGUGCAUCUUUUAGGGAAAGGGACCAGAUCCAGGUGGUAAGAGGGGUUGCAUUUUAAGUGUUUUGUCUUGGAAUGUACUUUUUACAUGUACUUAAGCUCUGUCCUACAAAGAGACUUGCUCUGGCUAUUUUUUGUAGCACAAAUUGAAGACACCGACCUGUUCUGGUGCUACAAGUGCAGUUCUUGGCCUGUGGUCCACGGCAGUGAGUCUAGGUCUCACUUUCACCAACAAGGAGGAGGAAAGCCAGCUGUCCCUGGGAGCUGUGUGCUGACAGGGAAAGGGUCAGGGAGCAGCCAUAGUGAUCCAUGGUUAGCGCUCCUCCGUGAGCUGAGCACUUGCUGUUCUCAUUGCUUGGGAGCAGUCAGUUCACUCAGUCUCAGCUUCAGCAAUCUGUUUCUCUAAAUUAGGGAAUAGCUGAGUGAGAGCAAGGGGAAGGUCUUGAGCUGGUCAGUUGUCUGGAAAUGGCCACCGUUAAGAACUGAGGGUAAAUGGAUGCUCUCCACAAGCUGUGUUUUAUCCAGGUGCCACUCCAUUUUUUUUUUUUGUGUGUGUGUGUGUGUAAUAACAUUUAUUUAUAUUAAAACAUAAAGUUUAAAAAUUCUGAACUGCGACUUUGUAUGGGAUUUAAUGCUGUGCUGCUGAUAUGGACUUCUAUGGAUGCGAUGGGGAACAGGGCAAAAAGAGGUGCUCGUUGGCAGCCAGCCCCUCCACAGGCUUGUCCACAGAUCAGUUGUUCACUUCAAAAAUGAGUUUCUGGUUGUCUGGAUUUAUAAUUUAAAAUUGUUUUGGAACAGUGUUUUUCAGGGAAGCUUCCAGAGCAAGAGUUAUUGUUCUCCCUUUGUAAUGUAUGCUGGAAAGGGCAAGUUCACCUCAUCUGCAUUUCUGGUUCUUUACCCAAACCAUGUUAGCACAGAACAGGGUAUUUGAGCUCAACUCCCACGUACCUGUGGAAGUUAAAAGACUGAAAGAAAAUCCAUUGUUGGGGGAAAAUGAAUCCUUUUUUUACCUUUCCCCAAAGAUCUAGAAACAUCCCUGU